GUCUUAAUUGAUUUUAAGCUAUAAGAGUACAAAGGGUUAUUCACUCAUUGGAUUUGUACAGAUAUGUAUUAUUUGUGAACACCUUAGGUUUCUUGUUUUUCCUGGAUUCCUUAGGUUAUACCCUUCUGGUAUAGUGUCCAUGUGCUGGUGUUUAUGUGUUACAUCUGCUCAGUUUGAAAUGUUUGGAAUCGUUUUCAUGGAUUUGACCAGGAAUAUCUCCUUCUAUGUUUCCUACUGUCAAGCUGGCUAAAUGGCUCUCCUUGAGAUGUUCUCCGGGGAUCAGGAGCAGGAUGACUAUGAGGACGAGCUGUAUGGGGAUGAUGCAGACUCCAGUUUGUCUGACGCUGACAGUGAACUGGAGUUUCGGCUUUAUUCCCAGCUGCACUACAGCGCUGAGAUCCAGGAGGACCGAGAGGACUCGAGACCACGGACUCAGACUCCUCCUGCUCCACCUGUAGAUGUUAUUGUGAUUGACUCUGGCACAGAUGAUAUCACAGUGUCAGACAACACCGAGGAAGAUGACAGCAUCUGCGCUAAGAAAAGUCAAUCGUCCAAACGCUGGAACGGGAAGUUACUUUCAGCCGGUCUACCUCAAGUUCAAGCAGGAACGAGUUCCUCGGAUGAUAUCGUGGUGUUGGAUUCUGAUUCAGACGACAGCUCUUCUGAAUCUGUACAUGCUUCUAUAGAGGAUCUGGAUUCGGAUUCAGAUUCGGACUCGGAUGGACUGGAGAACUGGAUGAUUCUGGGCCGGGACAAACAGGAUGAGGAUCAGAGCAUCCAGCUCAACCUCUCUUUACCAGGAUAUGCAAAUGAUGAAGGGAAUAAAAAGAACUGGACCAUAUCAGAAAAGGAUAAAUGGGCUCAGAUCUGUAAUAAAGGAGCUGGCCCGAGGCGUGUCUCAAACCGUUACUACGCUGAAAAAUCCAUCACGUGUCACAACUGCAGGAAGUCCGGCCAUCUCUCUAAAAACUGUCCCACACCAAGGAAGGUGCCAUGCUGCUCAUUAUGUGGGCUUCGGGGACACUUACUGAGGACCUGUCCGAACCGUCACUGCUCGAACUGCUCACUGCCCGGCCACACUUGUGACGACUGUCUGGAGAGAGCUUACUGGCACAAAUGCUGCCGCCGCUGUGGCAUGACCGGACAUUUCUUUGACGCCUGCCCAGAAAUCUGGAGACAGUACCACCUUACAACCACUAAUGGACCCCUCCACAAGCCCAGUGAUCCAGAUGCCUGCAGGAGACCUGCCUACUGCUAUAACUGCUCUAAGAAAGGACACUUCGGCCAUGAGUGCACUGAGAGGAGAAUGUAUAACGGGACGUAUCCCACCCUGCCAUUCAUUUCCUAUUAUGACACAAAGAAGGACAUGAAUUGCCGGAAUCAUCGACUCAAAAAGCGGGCCAAAGAACUUCAGGAAGCAGGAUUGAUUUCACCUGAUGGAGCUUUCAUUACAAAUACCCCCCAUCCGCCCAGAAAGAAACCUAAAACCAGCCACAAAUACGCACACAACAACCAGCUCACGCCGAAGAGACGCAUCGCACACACACCCAAACACCAUCCAGAAGCGCACAAACAGAACACACACUUGAAUUUCAAGCAGAACUCACAAACGCCAGGAAACCACAGCAAACCCACGCCUCAGAGCAAGGUUAAACCACAAAAGCUAAGCCAGAAGGAAGCCAAAAAGAAAAUGCAAUCUAAACGUAUAGUUUUAGAUGAAGACGCAGACUUUCCUAGAGGCUGUGAAAAGAGCCCUCACACGAUGACAGUUUUUUCAUCCCCUCGCGAAGCCAGUGUGACGCAGAAGAAGCCCUUUGGACUGGAAAAGAACAAUGAAAAGAAAACCGAUCAAAUACCGAAAAAGAAUGAGAGGAAAAGGAGAAAGAGACAAAAGAAAGCUGCAAAAGGUUCUUCCAUGUGUCCCUCCGAUGAAAACCUUUUUCUGAUUAAACAAAGAAAAGUAUGAAGAUAAAAAAAA